GCAACAUCAAUAUCCUGGUCGUAUUCAUAGUCAGGGGUGACAUUGGUAUCGUCAUCGGCUUUGGGGGCCGCUUCAGCAUAAUGAUCUCCAUCGGCACCAGCAUCAACAUUGUGGCCAUGGCCAUAGUUGUAUUCAGGGGCGACAUUGGUAUCGUGGUCGUAGUUAUAUUCAGGGGUGACAUUGGUAAAGUCAAUACCCUGGUCAUAACCAUAGUCAGGGGUGACAUUGGCAUCGUCGCCAUCGGGUUUGGCUGCAGCUUCAGCCGCCUCCGCAGCCUCUUCCUCAGAUCCCGGCUCUUCAACCUUCUCUCCAGCCUCCCCUUCAGGCUCGACAUCAGCGCCGAUGUUGAAAUCAGCGUCAGCGUAAGGGGGGGUAUAGUCGUCCGGCCACUGUCUCUUGCUCAGCAUUUGACGGCCGUUAGCCAAGUGAGUACCCGUCGAAUCGGCGGGCAUGCUGCGCUUGGCGUCAACUGCAUUUCUGGCAGCCCUGUUAGGCUCAUGGUUGACGGGGUGACUGGAGGCGAUGCCCGCGGCCAACGAAAGGGCCAGCAAGAUAUGGGACUUCAUGUUGGGCUAGGUGGAGAAUUGAAACGAUGAGAAUAGAAGACAGGAGCGGAGCCUUGGGC